AUGGUACGCUAUAAGCAGAAACUUGACGAAUUGAACAACCAGCGCUUCAUGGUCAGUAUUGCCAAGAUGAAUAUUGACAAUGAUCAGGUCUCGUCACGACAGAUUGUGUUGUUGUCCACAGUUGCGACAUUCAUGGAUGCAGUACUUGCCGACUGUUUUGAUGGCAAUACAUACGCAACAUGUAUGCAGUAG